AGCAUAGACAAGCCAGCCGGUGAGGGAGUAACCGGCUUCCUGGGGCCAGAGGCAGGCAGCUCACUUGCCUGGGAUUAAGUGGGAUCGAGAGAGAUUACAGCCCUCUCUCUCGUUGCCCUGUUUCUCGAUGAAAGCCCGAGACUCUGUCCACUCUCAGGGGAAUCUAUUUUCCCAACCAAUUGAUUUUUCUUUCUUCCUGCAUUGGAGGAGGUGGACGAGGACUUGAACUCCCUCAAAGACAUCAGGUGUAAAGGUUUACCAUCCAUCCUGGUGAGCAGUUAACAGCUGGUUGGGGGUCUAGUGAUCAUGAGGCAGGCGGCAGAGGCUCAAGUUAUAAACCCCCACUUUGAGCUUGGAGAGCAAGGCCUGCGUCAGGUCCUAUCUGAUGUGAUUGAGGAGGUGAGAUGCUCCAUUAGUCAGGAAAUUGAUGGAGCAGACAUCCUCCACGGUCUGCUGACGGCAUCCUGGCUCCAGUCGCUGCUUAAGGUAUACGAAUGUCUUCAAAGGUAUCUUACGUACUCCCCUGCUCCGACUCUGGAUUAUGCUUCAGGACUCUCACUGCAGUUGCUGAUAGAUAUCAGGUCCCAGCCAUGCUGCUCUGAAGAGGCCAAGGAGCUGUACCGUCUCCUCCAACAGCCCCACAUGCAGGCUCUGCUCUCGGCACACGACAGCGUGGCCCAGAAGGACUACGAGCCGGUGCUGCCACCGAUGCCAGACGAGCUGCCGGAUGAGGAGGAGGCCACCCGGAUUGUCUGCCUGGUCAAGAACAAACAGCCGUUGGGAGCGACGAUUAAGAGAAACGAGAUCACGGGAGAGAUUUUCGUGGCCCGUGUUAUUCAUGGAGGCCUGGCCGAUCGAAGCGGUCUUCUCCAUGCUGGGGACAGGAUUGUAGAGGUGAAUGGGUUUCCGGUGGAUGGAUUGAACCCUGAGCAAGUGAUCCAAGUUGUGCAAGCUCGGGCACAAGGCACCAUCAUGUUUAAGGUCAUCCCCAUCACAGAGCGGCCAAUCCACAGCCAGACCAUGCUCUACGUUCGCGCCAUGACCGACUACAGUCCUCAGCAGGACCCGAACAUCCCCUGCGCUGACGCAGGGAUGAGCUUCCAGAAAGGCGACAUCUUGGAGAUCGUGGAUCAGACUGACACAGUUUGGUGGCAAGCCAAGAAGCUGCCCAGCAGUUCUGCCUGUGCCGGACUCAUCCCUUCAGCUAGCCUUCUCAAACGGAAGCAGAGGGAGUUCUGGUGGUCCCAGCCUUACCAACCGCACGCCUGCAUGCAGAUCUUGAGCACUGUAGAUGAAGAGGAGGAUUUGAUGGCCAUCGAUGAGAAAUGUGUUGAAGCAGACGAGGAAGCUUUUGAAUCCGAGGAGCUCAGAGAAGAGGAUGAUGACUUCAGCAGCAACGUUGAAGGAUUUUAUAUAGCGGGCUUCAGGCGUAGCAUUCGUCUCUGUCGGCGGCGUUCCCACAGCAUCACUCAGCCAUCCUGCAACCUCCGCUGUCCAACCAGCUGCUACAGUGCCCUGAAUAACCCUUAUGAGGAGGUGGUUCGCUACCAGCGCCACCCAGAGGACACACAACGCCUCAUUACGCUCCUUGGUCCGUCUGGUGUGGGCGUGAAUGAACUUCGGAGGCGCUUAAUCGAGAUGAACCCAAACCUCUUCCAGGGAGCAAUACCUCACACCACCAGAAGUCCAAGAGGGUAUGAGGAAUCCGGGAGAGAAUACUACUUCACCAGUCGAGAGAUUUUUGACAACAUGGUCUAUAAUAAUCGGUUUCUGGAAUUUGGCUUGUACAAAGGUAACCUCUACGGAACUAGCAUUGAUGCUGUGAAAGAAGUUUUAAACAGCGGAAAGAUCUGCGUCAUCGACAUAGACGCUAACGCAAUUCAGGCAGUGAGGACACAUGAACUGAGAGCCUACAUCAUUUAUGUGAAGCCUCCAUCUCUGGAGUGCCUCAGAGAGACAAGACAGGACUCCUACAUCACCACCAACUACUAUGUCAACCGCCCUUUCAAAGAUGAAGACUUCCAGGAAAUGGAGGAAUCAGCCCGGAAGAUCGAGGCCCAGUACUGGCAGUUCUUCGAUGAGGUGAUCGUCAACGAUGAGCUGCAGGACUCGUGUGUCCAACUGCUGACAGCAGUCAGGAAGGCGCAGGAUGAACCUCAGUGGAUCCCUGCCUGCUGGAUACGACCCACAGCAGAAUCAUGAGAGGGACGAAACUGACUAUUUUUCACACGAGAUAAAAAAACAAAACAAAAAAAAAAGUUGCCUGAGUGUUUGA